AUGAAGCGGGGCGCGACAAUAGAGGAGCAGCUGGAUAUCGCGAAAGAGACCGCUGCAGCAAUUGGCAAGAUAACGAAAGAGAGUGGUGGCGAAGUUGGCGAGGUUGAUGCUGUGUUUGAGUGCACCGGUGUUCCGUCCUGCGUCCAGGCAUCGAUUUAUGCAACGCGCCCGGGUGGUCGAGUCUUACUGAUCGGUAUGGGCACGCCCAUUCAAACACUCCCAAUCUCCGCCGCAGCUCUUCGCGAGGUCGACAUCAUGGGUGUUUUCCGAUACGCCAAUACGUAUCCCAGCGGCAUCGAAGUGGUGUCUAAGAAGGGAACAGAUUACCCAGAUUUCGCGAAGCUUGUCACCCAUAGAUACACUGGCUUGGAAGCGGCCGUAGAGGCAUUUGACAUGGCUGGCAAGACCAAAGACGACAAAGGAAAUCUGGUUAUCAAGGUAGUGCUAGAAACAGGUGAGGAUAAGGCAAAUCUGUAG